UAGUAAUCAAUAAUAAAAUGUGACUCGGCCCUUGGUUUACAACCCCUGAAGUUUGCAAAUUUGCGAAAUUACUUGAAACGAACACUGUGGGCAUGAUAUGGGUGACAAAUAAAGACACUUUUAUUUAGGGAACUCUUUUGACAAAUGUCGUUUUAGCCGAGUUUUUUAUGUCUUAGUUUUGUAUCCUCUCGGGCACCAUACGCCAUACGCAAUAGUUUUACAUGGUGCCUGUGCGGCAUCAUCCGCAUCAUCGUUAUUGGUGAUGUGCACAUCACUAAUGAUACGAGUAUUAAACUAUGUGUCAGCGCCGGAGUCGGAAAUAUCCGUCCGCUUAUUACGUCACAGACGGAGACGAUAUUGGCGAAGUGAGGGUAAGUUGAUAAUUUUAUCGACAUGUCUAUAUUAAUUUGUUCGUGGGUAGUCAGUAUAAUGUAAAUUAUGUACUGUGAGCUUGAGGACGCUAAACAUGUCGAGUGCAGAAGACUUAAUUAAAAUUUUGGAAGGCUUUGAGGAAAAUGAAGUGUUUGAAUCGGAUGAUGAUUUGGAGUUAGGCAUGGUGAACGAAGUGGUAAGUAUGUCAUAUUUUUUUUGUUGUGGCUUUGCUUUACGUAAAAUUACUUAAGUGUGGUUUUAAACCCCAAUGCAAAACCACGAGGUCAAGUAUAAGUUUGAUGUGUCUGUGGGUUUCGAUUUGUAGCGUACCUCUCAAACGCAUGAACCGAUUUUCAGUUAAUUUUUUUUGUUUGAUAUUCUUACUGAUUAUUCGAGACGUAUUCUUACCUAUAUGUGUUGAAAAUCGGUCCAAUAUAUAGCGGCCGCUCACAAUUAGUUAUUAUCUUCUAUCGGGGGUAUUUUAAAUUACAAAUUUAUAUUUGUGUUGAUUAUACCUCCUAUUAUUCCUAUCCAUAAAAGUAAUUUACAAAAAUUAUCAAGUGUGUAUUGCUUUUUCAGGUCGUUGACGGCAGUGACACGGAGUGGAAUUGGUCAACGGAAGGGGAUGCUCCGACUAUACAAACUUUUGAUGAUUUCAUCUCGGGUUUUACAACUACUGACCUAUCUGCCAAUUCGACCAAAUUACAAUUUUUUGAAUAUUUUGCGGAUGAAACUCUGAUGAAAGAAAUAGCAAGAUGCACGAAUCGGUAUUUUCAAUAUUAUGUGCGCAAUGUUGAUAUACGACAACAUUCUAGAACUCAAGAUUGGAGUGAUGUCAACAGUCAACAUAUCUAUUUGUUUUUAGCAGUUACCAUGUUGAUGACCAGAAAUAAAAGAAUAAGCAUCGAAGAGCAUUGGUCUACGGAUCCUUUAUUAAAUUCGCCGAUUUUCCAUAAUAUUCUCAGCAGGAAUAAAUACUGCCUUAUUACGAGUAUGUUACAUUUUACUGAUGUGUUUACAAGUAAUGAAAGACUACCACGAUUGCAUAAACUACAAUUUGUUAUUGAUCAUGCAAGAAACAAAUUUAAAGAAGCUAUUAUACCACAUCAGAAAAUAUGUAUAGAUGAGAGCAUAGUACCUUUUAAGGGCCGUUUAAUACUCAAACAGUAUUUACCUAAAAAAAGAAACCGCUUCGGUAUUAAGUUGUUUGUUUUGUGCGAUGUGAAAACAGGAUUUAUUAUUGAUUUUAUAGUUUACAGCGGCAAAGAAACAAAUAUCGAAAUGAAACCGGAGUUGGGUGUGAGUGGAUCAGUGGUAACUGCACUCAUGGAAAAUUAUUUGAAUUCUAACAGAACACUUUACGUAGAUAAUUGGUAUUCAAGUCCAACACUAUUUAAACAUUUGAUGGAAAAAGGUACGUAUGCUUGUGGAACAGUAAAAAAAAAUAGAACAGGUAUGCCGAAAUUUAAAAAACUUAAAAAGGGAGAAAUCGAAGCAUUCUAUUCUCCACCCUUGAUGGCACUGAAAUGGGUUGACAAGAAGGCAGUGACAAUGAUUAGCACAAAGCAUGGCUCGAAUAUUAUUCCCACAGAUAAGGAAGACAGAGCAACUGGUUUGCCUAAGUUAAAGCCAGAAUGUGUUGAUGACUACACAAAAAACAUGGGUAGUAUUGACACUGCUGAUAUGCUUAUAAGUACAUUGACUUGUAUUAAAAAAAGUAGAAGAUGGUACAAAAAAUUGGCGUUGCGUAUUAUUGAUAUGCAUCUUUUAAAUGCAUUUUACGCAUUUAAAGAAAUAAAAGGAUGCAGGAACAAACCAUUCAGUGAGUUUCAUCUCGAAGUGAUUCGUCAAUUAAUAGGAAAAUAUAAAUUAUUAGACUACCAACCGGUUCCUUCAACUUCACGCGGGGUACAAGACAAUCCAAGUCGCUUUUUGCCACGAGAUGCACUCAAACAUUUCCCUACCAGGAUCCCAAACAAUAAAAGCCAGCGCUGUAGGGUAUGUGCACUAAAGAAAAAUAGGACCGAAACAAGAUUUAUGUGCAAGGAAUGUAACGUAUUUCUUUGCAUCGAACCAUGUAGUGCUAAAUUUCAUUUAAAUAAAUAAAUAAAACACUUUAGAAAUCAAAUAAUUGUUUUAUUUACCAGCGAUAUUUUUACAUUCUUUCUGUAUCAGUUACCGCUAUUUCAUAAGAAUGAUUAUUUUUUACAGAAUUAACGAAGUUUAAAAUUCUAGUGAAGCACCGUGUGCGCAUGCAAGGAUGAAUUUCUUGAAGUUCUUCGGCUAGGAGCUGCGAAAAAUAAUCAUUUUUCUUGUCACGUCUUAAAUUUUUAUGAUCAAAUUUC